AGCAAAUCUCCAGUUUCCCGGACAGAGUAGUGAAAGCUUCCAUGAUGCUCUGCGCGACCUUCUGAGCUGUCUCCCCUGCAGUGUGAUUUUAGCCCUUCCAAGAUGUUUUCCCUCUGGUACCUGGCUUGCAUCGUCAAAGGAAGCGGUAUCUGUUCCUCAUCGAAAAUGGUUGAUCAAGCUACUUUAGAGAAAUUGGAGUCUGGCUUCCGAAAACUCCAAGAUGCCAAAAAUUGUAAAUCCUUAUUAAAAAAGCACUUGACCAAGGAAAUUUUUGACAAAUUGAAAAAUAGGAAGACCGCUAUGGGAGCCACACUUCUGGACGUAAUACAAUCAGGAGUUGAAAAUCUUGAUAGUGGUGUCGGUGUCUACGCGCCAGAUGCAGAAUCUUACAUUCUUUUUGGAGACCUUUUUAAUCCAAUCAUCGAGGAGUACCACGUAGGGUUUGGUCCAACUGAUAAACAUCCGCCAAAAGACUUCGGGAACGUUAAUGAUUUCGUUAACGUGGAUCCUAAAGGAGAAUUUGUUAUUUCCACCAGGGUGCGCUGUGGGCGCAGUUUAGAAGGAUAUCCCUUUAAUCCUUGCUUAACAGAACAGCAAUAUAGAGAAAUGGAAGAGAAAGUGAGCUCAACGCUAUCAGGUAUGUCAGGUGAAUUGAAGGGUACAUAUUUCCCUCUAACUGGUAUGGACAAAGCAACACAACAGAAACUAAUUGACGACCAUUUUCUCUUCAAGGAAGGAGAUCGAUUUCUCCAAGCAGCUAAUGCUUGCCGUUUUUGGCCUACCGGUCGUGGUAUUUUUCAUAAUGACAACAAAACUUUCUUAGUCUGGGUCAACGAAGAGGAUCAUCUGAGGAUCAUUUCCAUGCAGAAAGGUGGUGAUCUUAAGCAAGUUUUUAAGAGACUAACAGAUGCUGUUAACAUCAUUGAAUCUCGAUCAUCUUUCUCUCAUGACGAUCGUCUUGGAUUUUUAACUUUCUGCCCCACCAACUUAGGAACCACUAUUCGAGCCUCUGUUCAUAUUAAGCUGCCAAAACUAGCAAAGAAUAAAGAUCAGCUUGAGGCUAUUGCUGGCAAAUUCAAUCUUCAAGUCAGAGGUACUCGUGGGGAGCAUACUGAAAGUGAAGGAGGAGUAUAUGAUAUAUCAAACAAGCGACGCAUGGGUCUCACCGAAUACGAAGCAGUGAAAGAAAUGCAAGAAGGAAUUCUGGAACUUAUUAAAAUGGAAAAAGCAGCUUAAAGAAUCACACCCAAAUGAAUAGAAAUAUAUGUAAAGAUAUAUUCCUGAAAGCUUUACUGCUUCGUAGCACAAUGCGCUGUAGGCCCAUUUCAUACAACCAUUCCUUUCUCUAGAUGUAAAGAAAUAAAAGUCAAUAGCUAUUUCUGCA